CUCUCUCUCUCUCUCUCUCUCCCAUCUCUCCGAUUUCUUCGAAAAAUUAUCAAAUCCAGUUCAAUUUAGUUUAAUCUUUUACCCCCUACACACCAUCGUUUCUAGGGUUAAUAAUCCACCACCAUGGACGGAGGUACCGGCGACAGCGGCGGCGACGGAGGUGGUGGCGCUCCCGUGGGGGUUCAGAUCCAGCAGAGUCGGAGACUUCCUGAUUUCCUUCAAAGCGUGAAUCUAAAGUACGUAAAGUUAGGUUACCACUACUUGAUCUCUAACUUACUGACUCUGUGUCUCAUACCUGUAAUGAUUGGGAUUCUAAUCGAGGUUUCGCAAAUGAACCCUGAAGAUAUUCUCCAAUUGUGGUUUCAUUUGAAAUACAAUCUCGUAUCUGUUAUUAUUUGCUCGGCUAUAUUGGUUUUUGGAUCAACUGUUUAUAUCAUGACUCGUCCACGCCCCAUUUAUUUAGUCGAUUAUUCUUGUUAUCGCCCUCCUGAUGAUUUGAAAGCUCCAUUUAAUCAGUUCAUGGAGCAUUCUAGGCUUACUGGUGAUUUCGAUGAGUCAUCGCUUGAAUUCCAGCGUAAGAUUGUACAAAGGUCAGGGCUUGGAGAGGAAACUUAUGUACCCGAAGCUAUGCAUUAUAUUCCCCCAAGGCCGUCCAUGGCGGCUGCUAGGAAAGAGGCUGAGCAGGGUUGGAGGUGCCGCUGUUUUGUUGUCUAAUAAGUCGGUGGAUAGGAGACGGGCCAAGUAUAAGCUUGUUCAUGUGGUGAGGACCCAUCGUGGGGCGGAUGACAAGGCGUUUCGUUGUGUUUAUCAAGAGCAGGAUGAUAAUGGGAAGACUGGUGUUUCUUUGUCAAAAGAUCUCAUGGCGAUUGCCGGUGGGGCUCUAAAAACCAAUAUCACUACGUUGGGUCCUCUUGUGUUACCAAUCAGUGAGCAGCUUCUGUUCUUUGCUACUCUGUUGGUUAAGAAAUUAUUCAAUGAGAAUGUCAAGCCUUACAUACCAGAUUUCAAGUUGGCGUUUGAUCAUUUCUGCAUACAUGCUGGGGGGAGGGCAGUGAUAGAUGAGUUGGAGAAGAAUUUGCAUCUGCUACCAGCACAUGUUGAGGCUUCUCGGAUGACUCUCCACCGAUUUGGGAACACUUCAUCGAGUUCCAUCUGGUAUGAGCUGGCAUAUACUGAAGCCAAGAGGAGAAUGCGCAAGGGUCAUCGAGUCUGGCAGAUUGCAUUUGGGAGUGGUUUCAAAUGUAACAGUGCAAUUUGGGAGGCGCUGCAAAAUGUGACACCAUCUCCUAAUGGUCCCUGGGAGGAUUGUAUCAACAAAUAUCCUGUUAAAGUAAUCUCAUAGCUCAACAAGAGGUCGGUUAGACUUACGUUCCUGGUAAGGCUCAUGAGUAGCCUAGCCUUUUUUUCUCAGUUUUUGUCCAAGCAUGUGUUUUUGGUCUUUUUAUUUGGUCAUUGGAGUGAAGAUAUUUUUCCUUUCUUGUUUCUUUGAUUUCUUAGGGAGUUAAUCUUGUGUGUAUUAUUUCAAGUUGUUAUGAUGCAUAACUUGGUCCAUGUACUUAAUUUCUAAGGGCACAUUUGUUUUAAUAGUUGUUUAUCCUACUUUGUGUCAUCCAUUGCUAUCAAACUGCUUCAUGUAGAUGAAAGCUGCUUGAAAGUACUGGCAUUAGAUUUAAGUUGAGUGAGCACAGAGAGAUUUAAUACCUGUGCACAAGGUGUG